CUAUGCGGCGCUGACUGACUGACCUCCGAGCUCCACGCCUCUUCUGCCUUCUGCCUGCUAUAACCCUUUAUCCUCUCCUUCUCUUCUUCCUUUCCUUCCUGCUCCUUCUCCCGCGAUCCUGCGACGCUCGCUCUCGUGCAACGCAACUUAGAGAUCGAUCGACUGCCGCCCGACACGCCGCCCUUGCAUCCGCCUCGGUAUUCACAACCCCUCCGCCAUGCGCGACCCUUUCCCCAUCCCCCCACCACCGGCGAUAGCGGAACAUGUGCAGGCACUUGCCAACAAGGCCGGCCUUCAGGUGCUCCAUCUGCACUUCCACGAGGUCGUCUUCGCCUUCCUGCUCUACCAUGUCACGUACAAGUACAUCUCGCCCGUCAUCUCCCGCAUCUUCUUCCCCCAGAUCUACACGUCCUUCAAUGCCCGGACGAAGCUCAACUGGGAUGUGCACGUUGUCUCGUUUGUGCAGAGCACGCUCAUCAACAUCCUCGCCCUCUAUGUCAUGUGGCAGGACAAGGAGCGCGCAGGCAUGGACUGGCGAGGCAAGGUCUUGGGAUACACUGGGGGGUCUGGCUUGAUCCAGGGCAUGGCUACGGGCUACUUUGUGUGGGAUCUGGUCAUCACGGUGCAGCAUCUGGAGAUCUUUGGCGUCGGCAUGCUCGCCCACGCCAUUUCGGCGCUCUUUGUCUUCUCGUUGGGAUUUAGACCCUUUGUAAACUACUACGCGCCCGUCUUCAUCCUCUACGAGCUCUCGUCGCCGUUCCUCAACAUCCACUGGUUCUGCGACAAGCUCAAUCUCACCGGUGGCAGGUUCCAGCUCGUCAACGGCAUCAUGCUGCUCCUCACCUUCUUCUCCGCGCGCCUCGUCUACGGCACCUACCAGUCGGUGCGAGUGUUCUCGGAUAUCUACCAGACAAUCAGGCAUAAUAGCGUUCUCACGGACCCGGAGGUCGGCAAAGCCGCGCCCCUCGACGACGUGAUGCAGUUCGCGGGCGAGCGGGCGAUCCCUCUGUGGCUCCCGCUCUGCUACCUCGCGUCGAACCUGACGCUAAACGGACUGAACUGGUUCUGGUUCGAGAAGAUGAUUGCGACGCUGCGCAAGCGGUUCGAUCCGCCGUUCGGGACGCGCAAGCCGGAGAUCAAGCUCCCGGAGAAGGUGCCCGAGGAGGAGAUGGUGCUGGUGGAGGGGACGGCGUUGGCGACGCCGGGGGUGAAUGCGGCGGACGAGAGUGGAAAGGACUAUAUUUCGUCGGUGCAGGUGGAGAAGGCGGGGAGCGUGCUGAAGGUGCAGCAGACGGAGGUGAGGAAUCGGACGGCAAGGAGAAGGGGUUAGAUGUGUGGAUAAUGGGUUGGGAAGAGGGAUGGUCGCUGGGGUAUUGGUCCUCGCGGUUUCCCGAGAGGUAUUUAUGGUCUAGCAUUUAGGGAUUUUACUGUGUAGCUCUCUAGCGAGGCUGGAUAUCCAAGAAGCAAAUUUCCAACGAAACGAGAACAAGUUCGUCUCUCCUUGAGAAAUCCUCAAGUCAACACUAGAG